AUGACAGUCAUCCGGCCAAAGCAGGAUGCAGGUGACACCCCAGUUCUCAACACGAGGGACACAGGCAAUACCAAUGACCAGAAUCGCCCCGCCGCCUUGGUCCUUUGCGUGGAUGCUGGAGGUACUAGCUGCAAAGCAGCUACCCUCUCGGUUGAUGGGGAACUUGCGUCAAGCGUGGGGGGACCAUGCAAUGUUUCCACUGUAGGACUUGACACCACCCUUGCAACCAUAACGGCCGUGGUACACGAUGCCCUUGGUAAGCAUCCAUCGACACGUGGCCAGUCACCCGCAGCAGCGUUUGCCAAAGUCUGGGUUGGCCUGGCAGGAUAUGACAGACCAACACUCCAGCCAAUCAUUAAUGACGCACUUGCUCAAUUCUUCGGGCUCUCGCUCAAUGGGGGAUUGCGAGUUUCUUCAGACAUUGAUCUCCUUCCUGCUUGCCUUAUGUCCGAGCCUGAUAUAAUCUCGGCCAUCGUUCUAGUAGUUGGCACUGGCUCUGUGGCAAUGAGUUACAAACGAAGGGGCAAAGACUUUGAACGAGUUGGCCGAGUAGGAGGCUGGGGAAGACUCCUCGGCGACGAUGGGUCAGGAUAUGCGAUCGGUCGAGAGGGAAUCCGCAGGACACUAAAGGGCUGCGACGCACACGCUCUAAGGAAAAGCACAGCCGAUGAACUAGACUCUUUGUCGCCGCUUUCUCGAGAGAUUCUGAGACACUUCCAGCGUCAAAAUGUCGAGUGCACGCCGGAAACCCUCCUUAGCCAUAUCCUCAUUCGAAGUACAAUAGGGAACACAGGAGAGGAUGAUGACGCAUCGAGAACAAAGACAAUAGCCAGUGCCGCCUCUGUCGUUUUUACAGCUGUUGAGAAGGACGCCGAGGCAAAACAAAUUGUGGAAUCGGGCGCAUCUAGCGUGGCGGAACUCGUGCGGAUGUUGGUCAAGGAGCAAACCAUCAAUGCAGGCCAAUGUGCUCUCGUUCUUGGCGGAAGUCUCAUGGGGAACAUCAUGUAUAGAGAAACAGUGUACGGCAUCAUACAGGAGCACUGUGGCAAGUUUAAUCAGCAGCAAACGCGGCCUUGUGGCGAUCAAUCAAAUUCCCAAAUGCUUCCCAACUUUCGACUACGACAUGGCAAGGUCGAGGACGCCAUGAACAUAUCGACGCUCGGCUCACGCGUCUUCACACAUUCUUUCUCAGCCCUCAUGCCUAGUGAAGACUUGAAAAUAUAUCUCUCGCAGUCAUAUUCAGCCACCAGCAUUGCUGCCGAAUUAGACGAUUCUGCUGUAACUUUCAUUGUUGCGACGGAAGGCAGUGCAAUUCUUGGCUUCGUCCAGCUGAGGAGAGACACUUCGGAAAGGUGUAUUGACGAUCUCGACGACAAGAUCCAAUUGCAACGACUCUACGUUAGCGAGAAUCACCAAGGACUUGGGCUAGGAAAGCAGUUGCUUUUGAAGGCAGAAGAAGAGGCAGCGUUGAUGGGAUUCAAGAAUAUUUGGUUGGCGUCAUGGGAGCUCAACCCAAAUGCAGAGCGUUUGGAACACGAUGUUGAAGGAUUGGGUGAUGGUCAAAUCUCUCCAAAGGUAGUCUUGCAGUCAUCUGUUAGCCAGUGUGGAAAGUGA